AUGCGACAUUAUACCUCAACGACAGCGCGAUAACUUCAGGGCUUCAAAUGACAUUUUACAAAUUCUACUCAUAGAUUAGCCACAGUUCUAUUCGUGUUACAUUGAUUUCAAUAAUAUGUGCGUGUGAAAUUACUUAAAUAAGUUCAUUGUCCUUUCUCGUACCGAACCUUUCUGGUCAAUCUUUGGUCAAAAGGAAUGGACUCGACUGAGAUGCAAUUCGCCGUUCCACAGGGGCUCCCCUUGGCCUGGGACACAGUCACUGCCACUCUGGUGUCGAGUGAUGUCCCGAUGUGUGAAGGGUCUCUCUCGGAGUCGCGUGAUGUCCCGAUGUGUGACGGGUCUCUCUCCGAGUCGCUAGCCCUGCUCUGCUCCAGCGGACUGGGCCAGUUCUUGGAGGGCUGGCUACUGGAGACCCUACAGGUGCGUCUGACGACCGCGGUGGCGCCCGAGUUCUGGGCCGAGCUCAGGCGGUCGGAGACGGAGCCGGAUGAGAGAGGCAGAGCCCGCGUUCUGCUCGGGGCUUUCCGUACCCUGCUGGAGAGACUGGAGCCAUUUCUGGGGGGGCUGGAGAGGCUUGGCGGCUGGCAGGAUGAGGCCAGGGGCGGGCUGUGUGGGCCGGGGGCCCGGGGCCUCAGAGAGAGGGCCUUCUCCGUCAUCAGGGCCACGCUGCUGUUCUCCCCCUCCGCCCAGCUGCAGGAGCGGGUUCUGGAGUUUUACAGCAGAACCUUCUCUGUCCACAUGAACUGGGAGGGGGAUGGCGGAGCUGGGGCCGGGGCUGGGGCCGGGCCGGGGGAGGCUGGAGACGAGGGGGCCGGGGGCCCAGAGGGGAGGCUGUGUCCGGGCUGUGCCGUGUCCCCCCAGCAGUGUUGGUGUCAGGAAGCCAUGGAGUGUCUUCAGCAGCUUAGACUCAUACUCUCCAGGCUGCAGCUGCUGGACAGGGUGAGCUCCGAGGCCGUCACCUCCAUCCUGCACCAGCUGAUUGAGCAGAGGACUGAGCAGCACUGCAGGGGCGAGCACGAGAGCUCCUUCCUGCUCGACUUCCAGGAGUGGUUGGAGCUGGUGCUGGGCUGGCUCAGUAGAGUUUUUUCUAGUGAUGGGAUUGGAGCAGGCCCCGGUGUGGGCGGGGCCAGCGAGGGGGCGGGGCCUGAAAAUUCGUCGCUGCAGCGCUGGCGAUGUCACAUGCACCAGUUCUUCUGCAGGAUCUAUGUCAACAUGAGGAUCGAGGAGCUCUUCAGCAUCAUCAGAGAUUUCCCAGAGUCGAAGCCCGCCAUAGAAGACCUGAAGUUCUGUCUGGAACGAACCAAUCAGAGGCAGCAGCUCCUCACCUCCCUCAAAUCAGCUUUUGAGACCCGCCUCCUCCACCCAGGCGUCCACACCUCUGACAUCAUCACCGUGUACAUCUCAGCUAUCAAGGCCCUGAGAGAGCUGGACCCCUCCAUGGUCAUCCUGCAGGUCGCAUGUCAGCCCAUACGCAAGUACCUCCGGACGCGGGAGGACACGGUGCGCCAGAUCGUGGCCAGUCUCACCGGGGACGCCGAGGGCUGUAGCGACCUAGCCAAUGAGCUGUCCCGGGCUGACCCCGUUACCUUGGAGACCCAGGACAGCGAGGACGAGGGCAGCGACCCCGAGGAGUGGACCCCUGACCCCACUGACGCCGUGACCGAUAAGACUGGCUCCAAGCGUCGCUCCUCUGACAUCAUCAGCCUGCUGGUCAGCAUCUACGGCAGUAAGGAGAUCUUCAUCGAUGAGUACCGUACUGUGCUGGCUGACCGACUGCUGCACCAGCUGGACUACAACACAGUCAGAGAGAUCCGAAACGUGGAGUUGCUGAAGCUGAGGUUUGGCGAGGCUCACAUGCACUACUGUGAGGUCAUGCUCAAGGAUGUGGCUGACUCCCGCAGGAUCAACUCCAACAUCCGUGAGGAGGAGUCCCGUCUCCCUGAGCAGGAGCGCCCCCCCCUGGUGCUGUCGGCCAUGAUCCUGUCCUCGGAGUUCUGGCCCUCCCUGAAGGAGGAGAAGAUGGAGCUGCCGCCUCCGGCCGCACAGGCCAUGGAGGCCUACGCACACCGCUACGAGAAGCUCAAGGUACACACACACACACUGCUACGAGAAGCUCAAGGUACACACACACACCUUUAUGAGAAGCUGAAGGUAGACACACACACACACAAACAAACCACUAUGGGAGGCUAGAAUGUUCAGUGUGUUUAU